AUGCUGCCGGCGGCGGCUGUUUCCGGUUCUUUGGGGACCGAUUCAGGCUCCGACGUUCAUCGUGACCAAGCCUCGGAGGCUGGUGAGAAGCAGGUUUUGGUUGAUGAUAGUUUGCCGAGUGAGCAGGCGCCUGCAAAGGUUUUGGUGCAGGGAACAAACUUAACUACCGCGAAGGAGUCUGUCGGGGCUUCGGUGGCUAAGAGAUCUUGGGUCAAAGUUGCUAAGAAUCAUGUGGUUACUAAACAGAAGUUUGUGGUUGAGGAAGUUGAUGGACAAGGGCAAGUGGUUGUGCCACGUGAGGUUUUUGAGAGUGCGAAGCCAUUGUGGGAGGACUUUUUAAUCGGCAAAUUCAGCGGUUCUAAAGCUCCACAUGUUGGGAAAGUACACAUGAUUGUGAAUAAGAUAUGGCGUUUGGGGGAUAAAACAUCGAUGAUUGAUAUCAUUGAAGUGAACGACACAACUUUGAAGUUACGGGUGCGAAGUGAAGUUAUGCGACGAAGGAUUCUUAACAGAGCCAUGUGGAACAUUAUGGCUUUGCCAAUGAUUGUUUCUAAAUGGUCCCCAUAUCCAGAGGAAACCCAGCCAGCCAGGAAGUCCAUUCAGCUAUGGGUUAAACUGAAGGAGGUUCCGCACUCUCUGUUUAUAGAUAAGGGGUUGGAGUUUCUGGCUAGUGCAGUUGGUACACCUAUUCGUUUACAUCCUAAUACAGAGGAAUGUGUCAGCUUCGACGAAGCACAGAUCUUAGUGGAAGUGGAUUUAACGAAGACAUUACCUACUGAGUAUGUUAUACGGGGUGAAGAAGAUGGUGAGCUGGAUGCAGUGGUUAAGUACUCUUAUCCAUGGCUUCCACCUCGGUGCAGUGCGUGUCAGAAGUGGGGACACAUCAGGGAUUCUUGUCUCACUGGUGCCCAAGCUGUGAGCUCUGCCACUACUGGUAGCGAUCUCUCUGCAGUUUCGGGACCCUCUGUUUUGGUGGCAGAGGAAACUCUGCAUGUGACGGAUACAUCGCAGGCGGUGGUUGAUGUGGUUUUGGAAAAGAACCAGGUUACUAGCGGGUCUGCAGGUGGAGAAGAGGUGGAGAAGCAGGUAGAACGUGAACCUGGUCAAGAGUGGAUCACGCCCCAGAAAAAGAAGCAAAAUUCAGGGAGUCGACACAUCAGUCCUACUGGUGAUGCAGGUUCUCUGCUAUCUAACUCAUAUUCAGUGUUGUGUGGGAUGGAAGAGGGGGGAGAGGCGGCCUCUGGUAGUACGGGAGUAGUGUCGGAGGAAAAUAGUGUCAACACGUCAACGGAGCUGGGGGACGGACAGAAGGAUCAUGGUGGGGAUGUGCCGGAUCAGUUCCAAAAAUAUAAAGAGGCUCCGCCUGUUCUGAAGUUACCGGAUCAGGAGAGUGAGUUCUUUUGUUCUUUUGUAUACGGUUCGAGUUCUGCAGAGGAGAGGAAGGUGUUAUGGAGUGAACUGCGUGAUCAUUAUGAUUCUCCAAUCAUCAGGAAUAAACCAUGGAUGCUGGUCGGUGAUUUUAAUGAAACUUUAGAUAUUGCAGAGCACUCAAAUGUUGAUGAUCAUCCAAUGGUUACAUCAGGGAUGCGUGAGUUUCAGAAUGUGGUUACUUACUGUGCAGUUACAGACAUCCACUCCCACGGGCCUCUUUAUACAUGGUGUAAUAAGAGGGAGACAGGCCUCAUUCUAAAAAAAUUGGAUCGGGUGUUGGUGAAUGAUGUUUGGCUUCAAGCCUACCCUACUUUGUAUAUUGUGUUUGAUGCAGGAGGUUGUUCAGAUCAUUUGCAAAGUCGGAUAAGUUUAAAUACUGCAUGUGGUAGUCCUGUUCCUACCCGAAAGCCUUUCAAGUUUGUAAAUGCGGUGACUGGUAUGGCUGAGUUUGCACCGCUGGUUGCUGACUAUUGGCAUUCCACUGAGCCUACUUUUAUGUCAACUUCAACUAUGUUCCGGUUUACAAAAAAGUUGAAGGCUCUCAAACCCUUGGUGCGUAACCUGGCCAAGGAAAAAAUGGGCAAUUUGGUGAAGCGGACAAAAGAAGCUUAUGAUUUGUUGUGCCAGAAACAGGAGUUGAAUCUCGCUAACCCCUCCCCUCAAGCUUUACGUGAGGAACUUGACGCUUAUACUCAUUGGGAUCGAGUGGCUGCGAUAGAGGAAAAAAUUUUAAAACAGCGGUCUAAACUCCAUUGGCUCCAGAUAGGUGAUCGUAAUAAUAAGACCUUUCAUAGGGCUGUCACGGCCCGCAAGGCGCAUAACACAGUCCGGGAGAUACACUGUUCUGAUUGUACUGUGACGACUAAGGGGGAAGAAAUUAAGGUUGAGGCUGAACGGGUUCUGGAGGAUCUUGAAGAUACCUCUACACAAGCGCUCCAAGAUCUACUGUCAUAUCGUUGUUCGGCGAGGGACUGUUCACUACUUACUCGGCCUGUUACUGCAGAAGAGAUUAAGAAAGGCACAGUGCAGGGCGCUGUGCAUGGCAGACGUAGAGACGCAGGGCGCAGUGCAGAGAGCAUGCGCAGGGCGUCGUACAUGGAGCUUGAAGCUGUGCGCAGAACCAUGAUAAAGGAGCAGAAGCUCGGCUGGGGUCGAAGGGCUGAGAGUCGGACAUAA